AUGCAUCUAUUUCGACAAUCUUUUGCGGGUAGAGCAAAGAAGUGGCUCAAGCAAGCCAAGCCUAAUUCUCUCACAACAUGGAGGGAGGUAGUCAAGGCAUUCUUGAAGAGGUUCAUUUCCGAGGAAAAGAUAGCCGAGAUGAGAAGGGUGAUUGCAUCAUUUGAACAAGAAGCAAAUGAGAGUCUUAGUGAAGCUUGGGAAAGGUUCAAAGAGUUGGUUCAAGCAUGUCCUCAUCAUGAAUACAAUCAAAGCUUGCUCAUGAGGUUCUUCUACGAUGGUUUGGAACCUAUGUCUAGAGCUAACUUGGAUGCAGGGGCGGGUGAACAAUUGAUUAAAGUCCCUCAAAAUCAAGUUGAAGCAACAAUUGAAGAGGUAGUGAAGAACUACUCUUGGGGUGGUAGAAGGAAAAAUGCACCAAAGAAAGGUGGGAAGUAUGAGUUGGAGAAAGUUGAUCAAUUGCAACAUCAAAUUAAGCUUUUGACAAAAGGGCUUGCAAAGUUGAAUACUAGUGUCAAUAUUGGUGCAAGCUCAUCUCAAGUCAAUUCCUUCUCUUGUCAAAAUUGUGGUGGAAUGAACCACGAUACAUCUUAUUGUGGAGGUUUGAUCCCGAAGCAUGUAGCGGCUUAUAACACAAGGCAAGAUGGAUAUAGGGGAGGUGGCGGUGGAGUAUCUUGGAGACAACCACCACUCGGAUUUGCAACCCAACCUCAACAAUGGAAUCAACAAGCUCAACAACCAUACAAUUCGAACUCCCAAUACCAAAACCCACCUCCAUUCCAAACCCAAAAACAAAGAGGAAACUACCGAAGAAACAAUCAACACAAUAAUCAACACCAAUACCACAAUCAAAAUCAAGCGACUCAAAGGAGUCAAGAACAAGCAUCUCAACCCGAUUCUACUCAUACCCAAAUUCUUCAAGCCAUGAAUCAACAAAUGCAAGAGGUCAAGGCUUAUAACAAGAUGGUUGAUUCACAAACAGCUCAAUUGGCCGAGAGAGUUCCUUUCAACUCACCUUCUACUAUACCCGGACAAUCACAAACCAACCCUUCCAACAUUGUGAAACCCGACUCUUGCAAGGCAAUCACAUUGAGAUCGGGCACAUCCUAUGAGUGA